AUGCGGGAGGACGAAGAGAAGAAGCAAGCCUUCGACGAGGCCAAGAAAGCUGCACAAGAGAAGGCAAAGGCGCUUGAGGCUGUGCAGAGGCAGCUGCACGAAGAGCGGGAGCGCGCGGAGCGCGAGAGUGCCCAGAGGGAGGAGGAGAGGGAAAAGGAGAGGAUGAGGGAGGCCAAGACUGAGCAGACAAGAGCCAAAGAACUCGAGUCGGGUCAGCUGGAACAGCUCCGAAAGGAGCUCUUUGAGUCCAAGAAAGAAAACGCGCGUCUCCAGGGUCAGCUCGACACGAAAUCCACCGAGACUGGGGCAGAAGUCAGUGCUGCAGACUUUGAUGUUCUCCGAGCUGAGCUGCAAGAGGCCCGCCGCGAGAAAGUCCGUUUAGAAGUGGAGAUGACGACUUGCAAAAGCGCCGACGAGUUUACUGCCAUCGCAGAUGAGCUCGCACAGCUGCGUGAGGAGUGCUCGUCUUUGCGGAGGGCCAAGAGCAGUGCAGAGACUCAGCUGGACCAGAAGAAGUUGCAGCUGGCAAGCGUCGAAGAGAAAAUGACCCGACUCGAAGCUCAGAGCGUGGAGUUACAGGUCUUGAAAUCGUCGAAUGAUGACCUGCAAAUCCAGCUGCAGCGCCUGACGUCCCAGAACCAGGCAUUGGAGCAAAGGGCAGCCGCCGAAGGCUCCCUCCGAAACGAGCUCCGGGAUCUCAAAGUGGAGAAGAUCCGUCUGGAAGGAGACUUAGAUACCCUUAAGCUGCGAGAAGAGGCCAUGACGGCCAAGCUAAAGGGUUCGGAUAAAGCAGGGGCCGAACUACAGCAACUGCGCUCCCGUGCGAUGGCUGCGGAAGCUGAGCUGGAACAGAGCCGGCACCAGCUGGAGGCCCUGCAGCAGCAGAUGGACCGGAGCAGCCGGGAAGCCGGGAGCGAGCGAGCGAGCUCUCUGGACCAACUGCGCAGCGAGCUGCUGGCGCGGAUUGAGUCCAAGUCGACUUCCCACGUCUCAGACCCGAGCAUGCGGCCCUCCAUCCUCCCUGACGAAGACGGGCGAAAGAGCAUGUUGGGGCAGCGUGAGAUGAUGGAGAGGCUGAAGCAGCAGUUCAACGAGGCAACGCGGCAGACAGAGGCAAAGGACCUUGAGCAGCUGCCUGGAGCCGGGAACGCUGACCGAGAACUGGAGCUUGAAGAAGAGCUCCGACGGGUCAGGAAGGAGAACGUGGAGCUGAGCAUCAGGCUUUCCAGUUUGGAAGAGGACCUGAAGGACAAGCAGCAAGAGUCGACCCAACUGCUUGGAAGCAGCAGCCCUCUGGCCGAGGGUGGCCUCAAGGCCGAACUGGAGGAUCUGAAGAUUCAGCUGGAACAGGAGAUCUCAAGUACCAAGAGGCAAGCAGCAAGAGCCGGCGAGCUUCAGGAUCAGCUGCUGGCUGCCGAAGAUGAGCUCCCCAAAUUGCGGAGGCGGCUCACGACGGCCGAGGAGCAGCUCCUUCAGGCGCAGGAGGAAGCCCGAGCAUCUCAGCAGCGCUGCAGCCAGAUGCAGGAUGAGAGCCGCUUGCUCCAACAGCAGCUCCAUCAGUUCCAGGCCUCCGCCUCCGCGUGUGCAGUUCGGGAGCGUGAAGCUGACGACCAGGUGAGAGGGUACAAGGACCAGCUUGAGGCACUGCAGCAGGAGAUAGAGGCAAGCCGAUCACAGAGCGAGUCUUCUCAGAGGCAUCUGCGAGGUGAGUGCGAGAGGCUCAAGGUGGAGCUUGCCGAAGCGAACAGCGAGCGCGGCAAAAUGCGUGGUAUUGUCGACGAGGUCCUGAAAGCCCAGGAAUCUCAAGACCUUGAGAAGUGGAAAGUGAAAGCUUUGCACUUCGAGAAGAAAUACGCUGAUGCAAAGAAGCUUAAUGAAGAGAUGACGCAGGCAGGUGCUCUACAGAGGUCCACCGGCGUGCAUCCCUGCGCUUCAAAGGUGAUGUCGCAAAUGACGAAAGAAGUCAGAGAGCGAUCUGAUGGCACUGGGGAUGCCUCCAGACAGGUCAAGGAGCUACAAAGGCAACUCGAAGCAAAGACCCAGGAGCUACGCGGUGCCAAGCAAGAGCGAGAUGAAGCUUUGCACAAAAUCAACGAAAUGCAGGGCGAAUUCUUCAAGGACAAGUACAGACAGUCCCAGGAGGAGCUGAAAAAGCUGCGUGAGGCGCAUUCUGUGGCGGCGGCUACAAACGAUGUGCUGAAAGCCAGACUUCAAACGAUCGACAAUUCAAACAACGUGCCGCUCGAGCCAGAUGACAGAAAGAACGUGAAGGCUGGCUGGCUGGAUUCGCGAUCUGCUGAACUUGAGGAGCUCCAAUCGAGGCUUCAAAUGCAAGAUGUGACGAAAACUCGACUGGAGGCCGAUGUGGCCAAGCAGCACGAGAUCAACGACUGCCUCAGGGCUCUCACAAUGCUUGAGACACAACACAGAGAGAUUUGCGAGCAGUGGUGCGAGCGAGCUGGAGCUGUGAUGGACGCUGGCACCAUCCGUACCUUGACUGGAUGCGCAAACAGCAACAAGCCGGUAGCCACUUGA